AUGGAGGGAAACAAGGAUGAAGCAAUAAGAUGUAUAGAGAUUGCACUUAAUAAGAUCGCAGAUGGAAACAAGGAUGCUUGUAUAAAGUUUCUGAACAAGUCGAUUGCUCUUUAUCCAACAAGUAGAGCAAGAGAUUUGUUGGACUUUUAUACCAACAAUAAUCAAUCUGCUGCUGAUCCAACAUCACCUUCAUCGUCAUCAUCUGCACCAACAUCACCAUCACCAUCAACAUCGACAUCAACAUCAGAGGGUUCGACAUCAACUUCAUCAACAACACACAAGAGACAUAAUACACAGAGUACUACUGCUCCGACUGGCACAGGCACUGGAAGUACUACAACUCCAACAGAGAGUAGUAAACCAAAGUAUACAAAGGAGCAGGUUGAACUGGUCAAGAAGAUCAAGUUAUGUAAGAACUAUUACGAGGUGUUGGAGAUAAAGAAGACGGCAACAGAAAACGAUAUCAAGAAAGCAUAUAGAAAGAUUGCAUUAUUGAUGCAUCCAGACAAGAACCAUGCACCAGGUGCAGAGGAAGCGUUUAAGAAGGUCAGUCAAGCAUUCACAUGUCUUAGUGAUCAACAAAAGAGAGCGUCAUAUGAUUUGCAUGGAGAUGAGACACCACAUCAACAGUUUGGAGGUGGAAUGCAUAGAGGCGGUGGAGGUGGCGGCGCCUAUUACGAGGAGGAACUGACACCGGAGGACAUAUUCAACAUAUUCUUUGGCAUUCCGACACGUGGAGCAGGUCGUCGCACAGCAGGAUUUGGCGGACAGCCAAUGCAUCAUCGCGCACAACAGCAUAACAAUCCCAACAUGUUCCACUUCCAGUUUGGCGGUGGUGGUGGCGGUGCAGCCGCGCGCCGUGGUGGACGCCAGCAACAGGGCGGCGAGAGCUCGAUGUUCACGGUACUGAUGCUGAUCGUCACGGUGCUCUACUUCAUGAUGAGUUUUUUUGGGGGAGGGGGCGGCAGCAGCAGUAGAAACCCGCAACCCAACGCGCCGCUGCAGUCGACCUAUCGAUUCACGCCAAAAGAUAACUACAAUGUGGAACGCUUCAUCAAGCUGGGCAACAAGGACAAUCACAUCGACGUCGAGUACUAUGUCACUACCGGCUUUGAGACCUUACUGCGCUACAAUGGAAUACGGGUCGAACAGGUGGAGAACGAGGUCAAGGAGGUGUGGCUUUGGAAACAGAAGGAAAACUGUCAGAAGAUGGACUUUUUGAUUGGCGCGAUGGGCGGCACGGCCAAGGACUCGUACGAAGGUCGCAAAUACCAGACGGAAUAUUUGAACGCCGAGAAGGAGGGACUGUUUAAGUACUGCAUACCGCUCAAGAAUAUGGGAGUCACUUGGUCACGCCAAUAA